AGCGCGCUUCCGGAAGUCUGUGGACGAUGACAAUCCGUCAUUCUUGCGAGUGCGAGUGAGGCUCUUCUUGCGACUGAAAAUCGACAGUCUUCGCUGCUCGGCAAAAUGCAGAAUAUUCUCCGGAAGCAGAAUACUGUCGCGGAAAUACCCGUAGGACCGAAGGUCGAGCUGCGCGAAAUGCAAGGACCUCUACUGGCCGAGGCAAACGAUCAAUCGAACCACAUACCGAGCUAUGGAGCAACGAAUCGGGCCUUUGAGGCGGAUGUCGUACCGACGACCCCUGUCGAAACCGAUGAAAUCGCAACCCCGGAGGUCACGAAGGAUGGCCGACGUGUAUUCAAGCCGAGCUGUCCCGAAGGGGUGGAAGACAACAGAGAAUCUUGGGACUCGGAACUCCAGUUCAUACUCGCGACCAUCGGAUACGCCGUCGGGCUGGGGAACGUUUGGCGAUUCCCUUAUCUCGCUCAAAAGAACGGCGGAGGAGCCUUCCUCAUCCCUUACUUCAUCAUGCUGGCAAUCGAGGGUCUUCCAAUCUUUUAUAUGGAGCUUGCCGUGGGUCAGAGACUCCGGAAAGGAGCGAUCGGAGCUUGGAACCUCGUCUCGCCAUACUGUGGCGGCAUCGGUUUGGCUUCUGCUGUCGUGUCUUUCAACGUUGCUCUCUAUUAUAACACGAUCAUCGCGUGGUGCCUGUAUUACUUCAUGCAGAGUUUUGGCUCCCCCUUGCCGUGGGCGGAGUGCCCACACACUGUAUCCUCGAACGGAACAGCGGUCAUCGUUCCUGAAUGUCAGAAAAGCAGUCCGACUCAAUAUUUUUGGUACCGAGUCACGCUAGACGUAUCCUCUGACAUCGAGAGCCCGGAACCUUUCAAUACGAAGAUUGCCUUCUGUCUCGUAUUGGCAUGGAUUCUCUGUUACGUGUGCAUGAUAAAGGGCAUCGCCUCCUCUGGGAAGGUGGUUUAUGUCACCGCGACGUUCCCAUACUUCGUACUCAUCAUAUUCUUUUUCCGGGGCAUCACUCUGGAAGGAAUGAGUGACGGUUUGAUACAUCUCUUCAAACCCGACUGGUCGAAGCUGAGAGAUCCGAUGGUUUGGUUGGAAGCUGGAACGCAGAUUUUCUUCUCCUUGGGACUGGCGUUCGGCGGUUUGAUUGCGUUCUCGUCGUAUAAUCCAGUUCACAAUAAUUGUUUCCGGGACGCUGUUCUCGUAUCAUGUUGCAAUUGCGCAACCUCGAUGUUCGCCGGAAUCGUCGUAUUCUCCAUUUUGGGCUUCAAGGCUCAUAUGACGAACAAACGGUGUCUUGCCGAACGGGCGAUUUUGUUCCCGAACAUGACGCAUGCUCCGCCGGGAGCCGUGAACUGGAUGGAAUGCAGUUUAGAAGAAGAGCUCCAACAGAGUGCCUCCGGACCUGGCCUCGCCUUCAUCGCCUUCACGGAGGCAAUCAAUCAGUUCCCAGAGGCUCCGCUGUGGUCGGUUCUGUUCUUCAUGAUGCUCUUCACUCUGGGCAUCGACAGCCAGUUCGGGACUCUGGAGGGUGUUGUCACCUCAGUGGUUGACCUCAAACUUUUUCCCAAUCUCAGGAAAGAGCUCCUCACAGGGAGCAUCUGUGCCUUGUCUUGUGUCUUGUCCAUGAUGUUCGCACAUGGAGCCGGGAACUACGUGUUUACGUUGUUCGACAACUUCGCGGGAAGUUUCCCGCUGCUCAUCAUCGCUCUGGGUGAAGUGAUAUCUAUUUCCUGGAUAUACGGCCUCAAAAGGUUCAACGACGACAUCGAGCUCAUGACAGGCGUGCGUCCUGGCUUCUACUUCAAUAUCUGCUGGAAGUACCUGGCCCCUGCUACAAUGCUGACGAUUCUCGGAGCGUCCUUCUACCAAAUCUUCACGGGAGGCAUCGUAUACGAGGCGUGGGAUCGGGAAAAAGCUAUACCUGUUCCCCAAAGCUGGCCAUCGUGGUGCGUGCUCCUGAUAAUAUUCCUCAUUGGCGUCUCUACUCUUUGGAUCCCCGGCGUCGCGAUCCUCCGAUAUUUCGGAGUGAAUCUGCUCCCCCCAGAAGAACCCGCCUGGUUCCCAGCCGAUGAUCUGCGAGAGUUCUACGGCAUAACGGAACAUGAGGUGACUCCGCUUGAGAGGUGGCUGUUCCGUGUGGAUGACAACGAGGAACCGGCGGAGUAUUGA